GCCGCGCUGCUGGACGAGCUUAUGGGCAGGACCAGGAACGUGCUGCCCCAGGAGCGGAACCAAAGGCUGAGCUGGGACUCCCCGGAGCCUACAGAAGCGGUAGGCUCUCCUGAGGGGCCUGGAUGGUAGUUGGCCCCAGCCUGUCAUGGCGCAGGUUUGUCGUCACUUCUUGGUCAAAUUCUGUCCACAUGACCUCUUCACCAACACAAAGUCUGACCUUGGGCCCUGUGAAAAGACCAUCCACGAUGAGGAACUGAAGCGAGAGUUUGACCUUUCCAACUCUUACCGUCGCACUGCAUUUGAGGAUGAAUUUGUAAGGUAUGCAGAGUCUAUGCUGACCGACGUGGACAAAAGAAUAAGAAAAGGCAAGCAGCGACUCUCCCUCUCAGUCAAGGAUGCGCUGGAGAGCAGCACCACAGGAGAUGGCCGGGUGGAUGAGCAGCUAGAGCUACUGUCGGAGCGGAUAACAGGCCUGGUAAGCGAGGCUGAGCGUCUUGGCUCUGAAGGGAAUGUGGAGGAGGCCCAGGGGCUGCUUAAGCUCUGCGACCAGCUGAGGGAGGAGCGAGAUGCCCUCCGCCGCAGCAGUGAGAACUCUGUCUGGCACCAGGCUGCGGAGAUGGCAGCCUCACAGGAGAAACAGAUGGAGGUGUGUGAGGUGUGUGGCGCCUUCCUCAUUGUCGGCGACGCCCAGCAACGCAUUGACGAUCACCUAACAGGCAAGCAGCACGUAGGGUUUGCCAAGCUGCGUCAGGCCAUCCAGGAGAUCAGAGAUAGUCGGGAGAAGGCGCGGACGGAGCGGGAGGAGCUGCGUGAGAAGGAACGAGAGGAGAGACGCAAAGCCUUACUGGAGGAGGAAAAGAGAAGAGAGCGGGAAAGAGAAGAUCGCAGAAAAAAAGAGGAGGACAGGCGCAGGAAAAGUCACAGCUAUGAAAGAGACCGCAGCCGAGACAGGGACAGAGACAGGGGAAGAGACCGUCGGCGAUCACGCAGCCGGGACCGGCGGAGAUCAAGAAGUCGAGAGCGUAGCUACCGCUCCAGGGACAACGACCGACGGGAUAGGGACAGACAUGGACGGUCCCACAGCAGAGACUAUGAGCGCAAAAGAUUUCGAGAGGAAAAUGGCAAUUACUAGGACUCUGUGGAGCUCUCCGGCAGUGAUGAGGACAGGUCGAGGGAUGGGUCCAGAGGGCAGCUGCAAGAUGGGGCAGAGACAGAUGAGGUGGGCGGGGCAUUGUGAAGCUUUAAGCAGUGAGUGAUCUCCACUUGAGGAACCAACCCGCUGUCAAGCCAAGAAGACACACAUGGCGGCACUCACUGGGUCACCAAGGAAGGAUUCCAUGUCUGGUCACUUCCUCAAGCCUUGUGGGAGUGUUUAUGGGAUCAACUGCCACAGUGACCACCACCUCGCCCCACCACCACCACCACCACCACCUCUACCACCACCACCACUUUAUGUAGCCAGGUGACCCCUCCUUUUCUCCCCCACUUCCUGUCCCCCUUGGCAUCACCUCCCAUGCCCAGCCCUCAUCACUUGCCCAAGAGCCAUCCAUAGGUUUAUAUCCUUUAUUUAGUGAUUCAUCUUUUGCUUUAGGUUCUCAUGUAAUUAUUAGUUCAUUAACAGUUUGAAUAAGUCAUUAUUACUGUCAUUGUUUGCAGUUUCUAUCAGUAGCAAUGACUUUGAUCUAUCAUACACAUGUAUGUUUUGAAGUCUUUUGGAGACUUAAGUAUCUUAACUAUUGGACCUAGUGAUAACCUCUUCAGAGUUGUGAUGCUGUAAUGAGGAAGUUCGUUGGUUGUCCGGUCACAUUCCUUCAAUUUUCUCCACAAUAGUAAGGUGAGAUCAUGUCAAUUAUGUCAAUAAAUGUGCAGUACCUUGAA